AUGCAGCAAGCUCUGAACUAUUGGUCUAAUGGUUUGUCAAACUUUUUCACUGGUAUAGGCAGGAAUCUAGAACAACCUGAUAAUAAUUACACUCAUAAUGCUACAAGUGAUACAAAUUAUGAUAUGAGAUUUCAAAAUUUUAAUAAUCACAAUCAUAUACAAAACAAUAUACCGAAUAAUUUAUAUAGUAUUCCUAUUAAUAGUGUGGCAUUUAAUACAGGAGGUUUUUAUGGUUUUAAUCCAUAUGAUUUUUCUCAAUUUUCUCCACAGAUACCAAAUCCAUCUACUGCUGCUAUAACUGCUUUAUCAGGAAUGAAACGGUUAAUAUCAGUUGUAGAUAUUGGGAAUAUAACUGCACAUUAUUAUGAUAUUGAGAAAUAUGUAGGUUGUGGUGGUUCAAUUAGAUUUUUUCUUUUAUGUAAACAAGUUAAACAUAAUUUUGUAAAUAUUCCAUUGGAUAGUGAAGAUCUUCAUCAUGAUUUAGAAUCAGUUUUUGAUGGGAAGGAAAUUAAAUAUCAUUUACCUGUUAUAAUACAUCAAGAUAAUAAUUUAUUAUAUGAAUUAUUACCUAGUUUAAGAUAUCUUUCAAGGAAAAUUGGUGAAUAUGGUAUAGAUGCAUAUCGUGACUAUGUAGUAGAUUUACUUGGAGAAAGGAUUUUAAAGUGGAGAACUCAAAUCUCACUUGUUAUAUUUGAUAAGUUGGUAAAGGAUAUGUUAAAUAAGACAGAUAAAGAUAAAACUAGUAAUUCUGAAGAUGAAAAAAAUAGAAAUAAUAAAAUUAUAAAUAAUAUGAAGAUAAUAAUGAGUGAAAUAUUAGGUGUAAAUAGUGAAGAUAUUAAUAAUUCUAAUGAUUUUUAUUUAAAAGAUUAUUUACUAAGUCGCAGAGAUUAUUAUUCAAUGGCAGAAUCAAUAUUAUCACUUUACAAGGCAAACCCUUUUAUUCCUCUCAAGAGUGAACUUUUUUUAUCAAAUAACUCAAAACCAGUAAAUGAAGCUUUUGAGAAAUAUAAUAAUAAAAGUACAUAUUUCAAUACUCCUAGUUAUAGUGAAAUCUUACUAUUUAGUAUUUUAUUUGAUGAUAUAAAGCUUUCAAAUAGCCAAGAUGAAGAAUCGGAAAAUUUGAAAAUGGAUAGUAAUUUAAUUAAUGAAUUUCCUCAUCUUAAAAUUUUAUACAGUGUUAUUAUGGAAUUACCUUUAAUAUCACAAUGGAACCGUGAGGUUGAGGAUAUUAUAAAUGAAAAUGGAGAAAUAUUCGGAGAGGAUAAUGAGAAGUUAAAUAAUCAGUCACAUACUUCAUUAUUUAAGGAGAAUGAGAUAAAAUCAAAUAAAUUAGUAGAUGAAAGAAACAACAAUAUAACAGAAGAUUAUUCUACUAUGCCUCAUUCAUCUAAUGUUGUUACAUAUAAGUUGGCACCUCCAGUAUCACAGGUUGUAUUCCCAAAUAUAACCAUAAAUAACAUGUCAAAUAGUAAUAUGAAGGCUUCUCAAACACCAGGAAUUAUGAAUACAAAUUCAAAGGGUAUAACAUUUAUACCAGAACAUACUGCAUAUCGUAACAAUACAUUAGUAAAUAAUCAAGGAAUACCUAGUUUAAAAUCUAAUCCAAUAUUAGGAUCAACAUUGAAAAGUCAACAACCAGUACCACAAAUAUAUAAUAAUAUUACAUUGUCAUCUAAUUCUAAUUUUAGACUUAAUCAAGAACCAUCACAGCAAACAUACUACCCCAUAUUUAGUCAAACAGCACGCAGGUAA